UACAUUUGCAUUUGAGUUUCAUUUCGGAGGGAAAAAUAAGAUGGAAAUUUAGAAGAAAAGGCGCUUUUGAGUUCGUCUUUUUUGACUCCGCAAAUUCUUCUGUAGAAAAGCAUUCCCGCGAAUUCAUCUUCUUUUCUAACCGCUGACCGAAGAAUCAAGGAAGCGAGUGUUUGAUCGCGAAACAGUCGUAAGCAAAAAAUAUGUGCACUGGCGAUGUGGUUGUGGACCAUGCUGAAGGUCAGAAGCAAGAUAGAGUCGUUAGUAAUAUUUCAAUUUUGCUAGAAUUAGCGGCUGCGGAUGAUUUAGAUGGAUUUAGGUCAGUGGUUGAACAAGAUGGUUUCGAUGUCAACGAUUCUGGUUUAUGGUAUGGUAGAUCGAUAGGUUCGAAGAAGAUGAGGCUAGAGGAAAGAACACCGCUUAUGAUUGCCUCCAUGUUUGGUAGCAAACAGGUUCUGAAGUUCAUUCUUGGAUUAAAUCGUGUUGAUGUUAACAAAGCUUGUGGCUCCGAUAGGGCAACUGCUUUACACAUGGCUGUUGCUGGUGGAUCCAAGUCAUCCGUUGAAGUGGUCAAGCUUUUGAUCAACGCUUCUGCUGAUAUCAGUUGUCUCGAUGUUCACGGGAAUCUACCUGUUGACUUAAUCCCUCUGGUCUUCGGUUCUUCUUUCAGUUCAAAAAAGAAAUUCUUGGAGCUUCUGUUAAACGGUGAAGAACUUACAGACGAUGAUCAUAUCGAAGAACACAAGUUUUCCGCUAUUUUGAUUUCAUCAAAAGAAUCGCCCGAGAAGAAAGAGUAUCCAAUCGACCUCUCUCUCCCUGACAUGAAAAACGGGAUAUACAACACAGACGAGUUCCGAAUGUAUACUUUCAAAAUCAAACCAUGUUCAAGAGCUUACUCUCACGAUUGGACAGAAUGCCCUUUUGUUCAUCCAGGGGAGAACGCUAGAAGACGGGAUCCACGUAAGUAUCACUACAGUUGUGUCCCAUGUCCAGAGUUUCGUAAAGGAUCUUGCAGACAAGGAGAUGCUUGUGAAUACGCUCAUGGAAUCUUCGAAUGUUGGCUUCAUCCUGCUCAAUAUAGAACCCGUUUGUGUAAAGAUGAAAUAGGAUGCAAUAGAAAGGUAUGUUUUUUUGCUCACAAACCAGAAGAGCUUCGCCCAUUACACCCUUCAACAGGUUCUGCUGUACUUUCGCCUAGAUCUUUAUCUUUCUCUUCUGAUAUUUCAUCAAUAAGUCCUUUCUCUCUUUCUUCCCCAUCAAUCAUGAUACCUCCUAGCUCAAACUCCCCAGUUUCUACCCCAAUAUGGUCAAACCAGUCGUCCCCUACCAUGAAGGGUGUCAGUAGCAGGUUUAGUAGGGCUACAAGUAGUCGUGAUUUGGAUCUUGAAUCUGAGUUAAUUAGAGCGGAUAUUUAUCGUCAGCAACAACUGAUCGAUAAUUUUAGCAACCCUAGUUUUGGUAGCGAUUAUUUUGAAGAGAUUGAAGCGAGAAUUAAUCCAUUACACCAGAACAUGAACUAUUCUUCUGGGCUUCCAUCAUCACCACUGAGAAUGUCGUCUCAGAUUAUGAAUUCAAGAUCUGCUGCGUUUGCAAAGAGGAGUCAGAGUUUUAUUGACCGUGGAACAGCCAACCGCCAGUUGGGGGUUCCGACAAUGGCGGCUUCGAAGCUUUCAGAUUGGGGGUCUCCUGAUGGGAAGUUGAAUUGGGGUAUUCAAAAAGAUGAGCUUAAUAAGUUAAGAAAAUCUGCUUCUUUUGGGGUACGUGGCAGUGGCAAUAAUGUUACAUCGGAAGAAGAUCAAUAUUUUUCGCCAUGGGUGGAAGAUCAGCUGGUUGCUUGAUCACAUCAACUUCCACUUGGUUACUUUAUAUGACUUUUUAACGUGAUUUAUCGUUUAAUUCAGUGAAUUUAACUUCUAAAUCUCUACUUAUUAAAUGCCGGAAAAAUGAAGAGAAGAGGACUAAAGAUACACAUGAUAAUCAUGUCGAUUUGUUUCGAGGAGAUUCAGAAGGUUGAAAGCAUCCAUCUGAUUAUAUAUCAAUAUAUUCUUUAUAAGUUCAGGUUCAUUUUUUUUAAUGUAUUACGAUUUACGUAUUAUUGUCAUUGGUUUUAUAUAUCACCAAAGUUCAUUUUCAGGUAUAAAUAAGUUACAGGAGUUAUUUAUAGAGCCUUGACCUCGUAAUUUUUUUUAUGUUGUUAAUGUGAACACGUCUAUGUAUUUACAAUUCAUAUGGUCAAUGUACUAUUAAUAGUUUAAUACGCACUUUGAUUUCAUAACUUAAUUUGCUAUA